AUGCUCCCAAUGGGGGAUGUUGAUGUAGUUGCCUACAGUUUUGAUAGUGCUGGUCGUUGGUAUAUCGCCGGUACUCAAUCUGAUGGUAAGUCGAGGUUGUGGAGGACCUCCUGUGACUUGUCCUCAUACGAGGUUUUAGCUGAGCAUCCCAUCACUGACAUGCAGGCCAAUCCUGACGGCUCAGAGGUCUAUGCCAUUAGUGAGCAAAGAGUAAUUGUCAUCAGCACUGUGGUCUACAAUAGCAUCAGAGUCAUCGCCAAUGAUAAUAUGUAUUUGGGUUAUACUGGUCUGGCCUAUGCCGCUGGCAAUCCUGAUAGGUUGUAUGUGACUGCCAACACUUGGAACGGCGUCUUUGGUUUCGAACGCAUUCCCUAUGGUACCGGUUGGAAGACUCUUGGUUGGGUUGCCGGUUCUCAAGUUAGUCUACCAAACAACUUGCUCAUCAAGGGUAUUCCUUAUGAUAGUCCAGAGGGUCUCAACAAACCCACGAGCAUCCGUUAUUUGGCACCUUAUAUGUACAUUCGUGUUGACACUGGUGUCACUGCUUGGUUGCCAUACUCUUAUCAGGCCUCGAAAAUGUACGUCAACCUCGGCAUCCCUGGUACUGAAGGUUUCACUGUCACGCCUGAUAAUUAUCUCUACUACAGGAAUGGUGAGGAUGCUGUUUAUAGGAAGCCUUUAAACGAUCCAAUUUCUGAUGGUGAAUUGUAUGCUGGUGGAUGUGGUUGUGGUAUGAACGACAAUCAAAUAUGUACGGCUAAUAAGGGUAACUUGGUCAACUUCGUGCCAACUAAUGGACAGGUUGUUAUGCAGGAUUACAACACUCAAGUUGACUUCCGUUUCCUUGGGUUGGUGUCAAUGCCCAUCUGUGACUACGGGUUUACCGGUCACUACGGCUGA